AUGAGGAUCGCCUUAGGGGCGAAGGGGCUGCCUGCCCUGCACCUGACCAGGGGCGGGCGGCCAAGGGGCUUCAAUGCAUCGCCCGCCUUGCGCCGUCCGUUCUACCAUCGCCUGCCCCAUCUGUCCCUCUCCAGGUUCCCAGGGAGGCCGGUCGUGAGGGCCCAGAAGGCCCGGUGCGACCCCCGCCUGCCUCCACGGAGGAAGGAUGCCAUCAAAUCGUCAGACGGGACACUGCGGGACACGGCACCGCCGGGGUUGGCAAAACAGGCUGCGGGCAGCGUCCUGGGGGCCACCGCCCUGAUUACUGGCUCCACCGUGGGUGCGGGGAUGCUGGCGCUACCGGCAGCCACGGCGGGUGGCGGAUUUUUCCCCUCAGCUGGCAUCAUGACCGUCACUUGGGGCUUCUUGAUUCUGGAGGCCUUGCUCAUCGCGGAGGUGAACCUGACGAUCAUGAAGAAGCAACAGGCGCGCGGGGAGACGCCCAGGGUGGUGACCCUGCGCCAGAUGGCUGCAGAAACGCUGGGUCCCACGGGGGGCAAGGUGACCUCCUACGUCUACCUCUUCCUGUCCUACACCCUGCUGGUGGCCUACAUUGCCAAGGGCUCUGAGCUCGUGAACCUCCUCUCCAUGGACGCCAUCCCGGCCUCUGCGGGGGGGCCCCUGUUCGCCUUCAUCAUGGGUGCCUUCCUCUUCCGUGAGGACACCGAAUCUGUCGAUGUCGUCAACAGGGCGCUGACCUUAGGUCUGCUCGCGGUGUUUGGCGUGCUUGUGGCUGGAGGGGCGUCCAUCGCGGACUGGGGCAGUCUGCUGCACCACCAGGAUUGGGGCCAGGCCUGGGGGGCCCUGCCUGUUGUCUUCCUCUCUCUGGUGUUCCAUGACCUGAUACCCGUUUUGUGCAACUACCUUGGGGGAGACAAGGGGCGGGUGAGGACUGCCGUCGUGGCUGGGGGUGUGGUACCAUUGGCGAUGUUUCUUGUGUGGAACGCCGUGGCCCUGUCCCUGGUGCCCGGGGCGGUCGACGUGGCCAAUGCUGGCGGAAUCAUAGACCCCCUGAGGGUGCUGAUCGAGUCACUUGGCCCCUCAGCGGGUCUGGCCAUCGAGGUCUUCUCCCUGCUGGCAAUCGCCACCUCAUUCAUCGGCACCAUGCUGGGCUUCUCAGACUACCUCAGGUCUGAGAUCAAGGGGUGGGAGAAGCAAAAGUUGUUCGAUGGGCUGGUUCCGAAGCCAGAGGAGGGAGGGGAGGGGGAGGGUGGCAUCCUUGGGGAUGAAGCUAGCAAGCUUGCUGCGAUCUCCCUCGCCCUCGUGCCGCCAACGCUGGCUGCCGCAACCAGUCCUGACCUCUUCUACCUCGCCACCCAAGUUGCGGGCGGGUAUGGGAUCACACUCCUGUAUGGGAUCCUCCCGCCGCUGAUGGCAUGGAGCGUGAGGCCGGUGGGCACAGUCAACCAGCGAUUUGCGCCGCUGAUGCCCAUGGUCCCUGGGGGCCGCAAAGUUCUUGCCAGCAUCACUUCCUGCGCAGCAGCCAUUGAAGUUGGCAAGCUUGCGGCUGACUCCAGCGGGCUGGCAAGCGGGCUUGCAACAGUGGGGUCAAAGGUGGGCACUGUGACGAAUUUGGUCAUCGGCGAUCUUGCGGCUUUCGAAUCUUCAGCCCACCUUGGACACUGGUGA